CUGUGUUAUAACCAGGAAAAUUUUAACCAGAGUAUACCUUUGGUAGAUGACGGACUGUAAGCCUACAAAAAUUGUUGAAGUAAAACAAAAUUCAUUAAUCUGUUUAUUUAGCAAGGAAGACAAAGCUGUGAUCGGUGUUUCUACGACAACAUGCCGCUCACUGGAAGCCCUCUCCCCCAACGAGCUUCAAGCAAGACCUCUGAUAUUGUGAAACAAUAUCGAAGGGAGCGAGCUAAAAGGUAUAUUACAGUAUGCAUUCUGAUACAUAGGGCGCUUUCCAUUUAAUAGCCUGACCGGUCAGACCCGAAUUUUUGUCUCUGUAUCAAUGGAAAGAUCUGGUCUAUGUUUCUCAAAUAUCUAGCGAAAAUGGACCUCAUUCUAAUUUUAUCAAAAUUUUCAGGUCAGAAAGGCCCAAAGCCCAUUGUUUGUUUGUUUGUAUGUUUGUUAGCAGAAAAACUCAAUACCUAUCAAAUAGCUUAAUACGAAAAUUAGUGGAGCUAAUGGCAUAGGUCAAGGCCCUGAAUAUACAUGUGUAAAUUAAUAUACAUGUAUAAUUUAUGUUUGAUUACUUGACUUUCGCUGGCGGGCGGGUCUUUUAUUCAAUAUUUUGGCCGAAUUUUUAAAGGCACUUUUAAGCUUAGUGUAAUGCAGACAUGCAGUAUAGAUGUGCGAAAAAUCAACGUAUUUUAUAUAUAGUUAAAAAAGCAUAUAUUAAUAAUUAAUAACUGUUUGAUAGGAUCUUUGUCAACAGAAGUUUAAACAUUAGCAAGAUUAAGUUUUUUGGAUUUGAUAUGGAUUACACUUUAGCAGGUAAACUCCGCAGCGUUUGAGUUGUUUGUCUUUGUCUUUAUCUCAUUAAUUCCAUUAGUACUGUUACAAUGGUCCAAAAUGUUCAGUAUUGACCGAGUGACAAUUCUUGGUAAAUGUGACCAUUACCACUAUAAAAUAACCUAUCUUCCAUUUUUUAUUAAGAAAUGUCUUUCAAAAUUAGUUUAUUUUUCAAAUAAGCUAUACUCAAGUGUCACUAUAUGAUUCAUUGCAUUUUUUAUUUACUGUAUAAUAUAGCAUACAAGUCACCAGAAUAUGAAGCGAUGACGUUUCGUUUACUGGUGACAAGGCUGGUUGAAAUUGGUUAUCCAAAGGUGUGUUAAUUUUAUCCUAUAUAAAAGUAGUUGAAUGUAGAUGUACUAUUAAGCCAGUUUUCCGCUUCAAGCGUACCCUUUCAAAAACAUUAACGUAUCAAAAACAUUUUUAAAUUUCAAAAUUUAGUGAUUGUUGAUUGGUUAAUACAGUCGAACCUCUAUUAAGCGGCCACCCUCGGGGAUCGGCUUUGUGGCCGCUUAAUAGAGGUGGCCGCUAAACAGAGGUACGCAAAUAAUAGACCCUGGGCGUAGUCGAUGCUUUUGAGGUGUAAAGCUUUUGAGGUGUAAAGUGGCAUGUGUUAAAACACAAUUUUUAAGCCUUAUUUUACAAAUAAAGCAAAUUAGCUCGACUUUUAUUUUCGGCUCUCUUGAUAAGGUGUUGUGCCAAGUAAAUCCUGCAGGCUGGCCGCUUAAUAGAGGUAAAAAUUGACAUAAAACAUCAUUUGAGACAGCUCUUUGGGUGGCCGCGGCCGCUUAAUAGAGGUGGCCGUUUAAUAGAGGGAUAGUUUAUAGUAUUUGUAUUACAAAAAUUUCGGGACUUCGAUAUGUGGCCGUUUAAUAGAGGGUGGCCGCUUAAUGCAGGGCCGCUUAAUAGUGGUUCGACUGUACUUCCGUAGUACGCCAAAAAGUUGACUUGCGACGAACUUUUCAUUUUGAUACGCGAAUACACCCGGAAGUACGUAGAUUGAUUAACCUAUUUUCAAUCUACGCAUGCUCACCAGUACGUUUCGGUACGGUGCGGUUGAAAUGGAAAAUUGGCUUAAGUGUUAGAACGUACAACAUAUUGUUCUGUAUACAAAUGCCUUCUCUUCAUUGAUUUUCAGUGAUUCGUAAACUGCAGUGUUUUACGACAUGAAAUCAUAAAUUGACAUGAAUUCCUUCUUAUAUUAAUAUGAGAUGGAUUCCUUCCUAAUGAAAUAACCAAAUAGUUUGAGUCUUACAGAAUUCUUCUGUUCCCUUUUAGGAGCUUGCAGAGCUAAACUAUGAUCCAUCAUUCCCUGUAAGGUAUGUAAAGCAAUGUUUUUGGUUUACUCUAUGUCGAUGCCGACUCGAUGAAGCCAGUUACUGUACAUGUCACAA